GCCUGAGCCUUCUCCAGCCUGCAGACAUCUCACCGAGCAGCCGAGAAAAACACGCUAAUCUACAGGUAAACCGUCCACCGACAGGCCGGUAACCCUCCACCGACAGGCCGGUAACCCUCCUCUCUCAGGCCGCUACAGAGGCGAUGAUGGGCGGCAAGAGCAGCGCUAUAGCCGCCGGUGUGUGCGGGGCUCUGGUGGUCGGUUACUGCCUCUACUUCGACAGGAAGAGACGGAGUGACCCCGACUUCAAGAACAGGCUGCGGGAGCGGAGGAGAAAGCAGAAGGUUGCCAGUGACCGGGCCGGCAUCGCUAAGCUUCCGGACCUGAAGGACGCCGAGGCGGUGCAGAAGUUCUUCCUGGAGGAGAUCCAGCUGGGCGAGGAGCUGCUGGCUCAGGGCGACUAUGAGAAAGGCGUGGACCACCUGACCAACGCCAUCGCCGUGUGCGGUCAGCCUCAGCAGCUGCUGCAGGUGUUGCAGCAGACGCUGCCGCCGCCCGUCUUCCAGAUGCUGCUCACCAAGCUGCCCAGCAUCAGCCAGCGUAUCGUGAGCGCACAGAGUCUGAGCGAGGACGAUAUAGAAUAAAAGGACCGAGAUGAAACACUUCCUCCCCCCUACUUCCUACUUCCUCUUCCCGUGACCGCGGCCUCCAUCACUCCGGCCGACAUCAUCCAUCACCAUCAUUUCCCAUCAAGGUGUCCGAAAGGGAAUCUGUUUUUUUUAUCCCUGGUUUAUUCAUGACAGUAGAGUUUUUUUUUUUUACUUAAAUUACCCGUUUUGGGGUAAAUCAAAGUAUCUGGAUCAUAAAGCCUGGAGAAACACAAAGUCCCUCUCUAUGUGUGUGUGUGUGUGUGUGUGCUGAUUAACUGGACCGGGUUUAGUCUACAGCAUCAUGAACAGGUGAUCAUCGCUGUCACUGUCGGACAUGUUUUGGUUGUCGUCAUCAGUCGUAAGGAAGCAGGAAGACUCGGCUCGGAUGCUUCACGCUGUAUUUAUUUUGUUAUCAGUCGUCUGUUCGGUUCUAGACGUGGAAAACACUUUUUAAAAAGUGAUGAAAUGGUUUGUUCAUUUUAAAGAGGAUGAACCUCUCUAUAGGAAAAAAACAAUAAAAAAUGUAAAACUACAAA